GAUGAAAGAUUCUUCCUAUUUGUCAAUUGAAAGUUAUUAAUGAUUUGGGUAGUUGAAUAUGCUGUUUUUAAUACGGCAGGGUGGAAGAACAUAUAGGAGAGAUAUCAUCAUCUAUCAUGGAAGAGGGUAAUCGAGAACAUGCAGCAAAGACACCAUCCAUCAAUUCAAGCGGCGAUAGAAAAUGUGAAGGAGAUUGGAGUCAUUUUACAUUAGUCGAGGGUUCUACUGUGGAAAUCUUGGAAGAGGAUAAUCAAGAAUGUGCAGCAGAGACAUCAGCUAUCAUGCAAAAUGAUGACGGAGAACAUGAAGCUUAUAGGCCUUAUAAAUUUUCAAUUGGUCCGUGGUAUUUUCGUGAAACAGAGUUGUUGGACAUGGGACAAAAAUUGAAAGAGUCUUUUUUCGAAAGAUUCAUUAAUCGUUUCUCAGAUCCAGCAGCAACGAAGAGCCAGUUGGAAGUAGCUAUAAAGAAUGUGCGUGGCAAGAUUCGAAAAUGUUACGAGAGAAGGGAUGUACAUCAUGUUUAUUUUGACAAUAUAGCAUUUGAGAAAAUCUUGCUACUGGAUGGUUGCUUUAUUAUCGAGUUGUUUCGUAAGAAUUUGGUAGAGGUACCCGAAGGAGAAAAUGAGUCGCUACUUUUCUCAGGGGGUAUGAUGCAGGUCAUUUAUCACGACCUGUUAUUGCUAGAAAACCAAAUACCAUGGGUUGUGCUGGAGCUUUUGUUUGACACAACCAGUGAUGAUCCUAAACGCAUUAGUUUAACUUUGGUUGAGCUGGCUGUUAGAUUCUUUAGUUCUGCUAUUUCUCAUUAUGAACCUGGAGAACUACAAAGCAUUCAAAUAGGGCUUCAAUCUAGGAAUGACACAAAUUUUAUACAUUUGGUCGAUUUUGUGUGGCAUUUUUUGUGUUUCUCAUCAGAAAUGGGAAAAAUUAUUGAGUUGGGAUACAGGGAGUUCGAAGACAGGACCCUUAUUCCUUCUGUCACCAGACUUAAAGAGGCGGGAGUUAAAUUUCAAAAAGCUGAGUCAAGAAACAUCAUGGAUGUAAGAUUCAACAACGGUAUCCUUGAAAUCCCACCUUUGCUAAUUACUCCAUCAACAGAAACCAUCUUCAGGAAUCUCAUCAUCUUUGAGCAAUUGGUAUCAGAGCAUACCUUCUCUCACGAGAUCACUGAUCCUAUGGCUACUCGUGACGAAACUCCCAACUCAGCAGCAUCCAAACACUCGGCCGUAACCAUGCUUGAACCCAACAUCACCCGGAAUCCAAUUUCCUUUAACUCUGCAGCUUUUCCCGUCAAACUCACACCCAACAACUAUCUCUCUUGGAAAGCUCAGUUCGUGUCGCUUCUUGGAGGCUAUGAACUUGAUGGUUUCCUUGACGGAUCUCAUCCUUGUCCUGUAGCAACUGAGCCCACCUACAGUCUGUGGGCACGCCAGGAUCAGCUCCUCCGUCAUGCCUUAAUUACCUCUGUUUCAGAGAACAUCACUCCUUACAUAGCUGCCGCUGCCACUGCACAGCAAGCCUGGGAAACCUUAGCCAAACUUUAUGCCAAUUGCUCUCGCACACGGGUCAUAACACUCAAGGAACGGCUCCAAACCAUGAAACGUGAUGGUCGUCCAGUCUCUGAGUAUCUUCGCUCUUUGAAAACUGUGGCAGACGAGCUUGGCACCGUGGAUCGUCCACUUUCUGAUGAUGAUCUCACUGUUUAUAUACUCAAUGGACUAGGACCAGAGUUUCGGGAAAUUGCUACAUCCCUCCGGACUCGGGACUCAUCUCUUUCUUUUGAUGAUCUACAUGAUAGAUUAGUGGCCCAUGAAGAAAGUUUACGCCGAGACGAAGCUCGGAUUGACACCUCCCCGGUAACAGCUUACUUUGCUUCUAAUGCUAGAUUAACAUCAUCUACCUCUUCUAGUGCAGGCCCCUUUCCUACCUCUGGUCGACAAUCUCAAUGGCAUUCCCAACAACACCACGGACGGGGAAGUUCUAAUCAAUCCAAUAGGCCCAAUCAGCAUCGACGUCGUGGCCAAGGCCCACGGUUUCCAACUCGGCCCACUGGAUUCACUUGCCAAUUAUGCGGACAUGCUGGACAUUUGGCUCGAAAUUGCCCCAGUUUUCGGGUGCAGUCCAUUGGCCCAAUGGCUAAUUUUGCAUCCUCUUCACAUGGUUUUCUUGAUGAUUGUUUGUUGGACUCCGGUGCUAAUAAUCAUGUUACAACAGACUUGGCCAACUUAGCACUUCAUUCUGAAUACAAUGGUCCUGAUGAACUGCAAAUUGGUGAUGGAACAGGUUUGAAAAUCACACACGUGGGUCACUCCACCCUACACACACAAAAGUCCUCCUUACCUCUUCAUAAUGUCUUAUGUGUUCCAUCCGCCUCUCGAAAUUUAAUUUCUGUUUCUCAACUAUGCAAAACUGCUAAUGUUUAUGUUGAAUUUCACUCUAAUUAUUUUCUGGUGAAGGACUCUUGCACGAGGAAGAUACUGCUUCAAGGACCAAACAUUCAUGGGAUCUAUCAAAUUCAAGGAAAAAUUAGUCCUCAACCACAUGCCUUCAUAGGAGAACGCACUACCAUGGCGAAUUGGCAUUCUCGUCUAGGUCAUCCUUCCAUCAAGACCCUAAAAAAUGUUGUCACUUCCUUUAAUCUUCCUUUAUCUAAUAAAAUCAAUUUUUCUUCAUGUGAUUCUUGCUCAUGCUCUAAGAGCCAUAAAUUGCCUUUUUCUGAGUCAUCCAUCACCAGUACUACACCACUUGAACAUGUCUUUUCCGAUGUAUGGGGCCCUGCCCCUGUUACUUCAAUUGAUGGUUUUAAUUAUUAUGUGUUGUUUAUUGAUCAUUUUAGUCGAUAUAUUUGGCUUUACCCACUCAAACGCAAAUCUGAUGUCUUUUCGGUUUUCCAAAAAUUUAAAUUAUUGGUUGAAAAUCAAUUUGAUACAAAAAUCAAGAACCUCCAUACUGAUGGCGGGGGCGAAUAUGUGGCUCUUCGUCAUUUUUUAUCUCAACAUGGCAUCUCACAUUUUACUACCCCACCAUACACACCUGAACUUAAUGGCAUUAGCGAGCGUCGGAAUCGACAUAUAGUCGAAUCUGGCCUUGCUCUAUUGCACACUGCAUCUCUUCCUUCUAGUUUUUGGUCAUUUGCGUUUCUCACAGCCACUUACCUCAUUAACAGACUCCCUUCUCAAGCCAUUGCACAUAAAUCUCCUUUUGAAACAUUGUUUCGUCUUAAGCCAAAUUAUCAUAAACUUUGGGUUUUUGGUUGUCUUUGUUUUCCAUGGCUCCGACCCUAUAACUCCAACAAGCUUCAAUACCGCUCUCGCCCUUGUUUAUUUGUUGGAUACUCCUCCGAGAAUUUGAGUUACAAAUGCCUUGAUCUUUCUACAAAAAAAGUGUUUUAUUCUCGACAUGUUAUUUUUCAAGAGCACACCUUUCCUGCACCAUUUAAACACUCGUGUCUUCAACAACCUGAUUUCCGGUUGGAUAGCCUAGACGAUCUGCCAUCACCACCCGCUGUCUCUGCUGUGGCUCCUCAUGAAUCUUUGGUUCACGAAGCUGUACCUCCUGCAACAGUCCGCACCUCCCAACCUCCCUUUACCUCACCAACCCGCCCAGCCUCUGCUCCUCCACCCGAAUCCCAGCAGCCACACGCACCCACCUCCAUCGCUUCCCCACAUCUCCCUCCACACUCCUCUGAGCCUAUCAUUGAGCCCGUUCCCCAACCUCACCCGUUGCCACCUUCGGAGCCCAUUCGAACUCACCCCAUGCUUACCCGUUCUCAAAACAACAUCUUUAAGCCUAAAUUCAUCCACCAAGCCGUCUCCACCUCUCCUGUUCCCAUUUGUGAACCCACUUGUGUGACUCAAGCGCUGAAAGAUCCCAAUUGGCGGAAGGCUAUGUCUGAGGAAUUUAGUGCUUUGUGGGUGUUUCAUAUUAAACGCACCAAAGAUGGUAGCAUUGAACGCUAUAAAGCACGCCUUGUUGCCAAAGGCUUUCAUCAACGUCCAGGUUCGGAUUACUCUAAUACUUUUAGUCCGGUGAUUAAGCCAACUACCAUUCGUACUGUGUUGUCUAUUGCUGUUAGCAGGAAUUGGCCUAUUCGUCAAUUGGAUGUCAACAAUGCCUUUUUGCAUGGGCAUCUUGAGGAAAAAUUGUUCAUGGCACAACCAGUUGGCUUUGUUGAUCCUGCUCUUCCUCAUCACGUGUGCCGGUUGCGGAAAUCUAUUUAUGGGUUAAAACAGGCUCCACGGGUGUGGUUUCAGGAACUCAAGCAGUUUAUUAUCUCUCAAGGUUUCUCCCAUUCUCGCUCCGAUUCCUCUUUGUUUGUUUAUCACCGGAAUUCGACCUGGAUUUAUUUCCUUGUUUAUGUGGAUGACAUCCUCAUCACUGGUAGUGAUCCCUCUGCUGUGUCUUCUCUGAUAAAUUGCAUGAGUACCAGAUUCUCCAUUAAAGAUUUGGGUACUCUUAGCUAUUUUCUUGGCAUUGAAGCAGUUCCCACCAGUGUAGGACUCUUCCUCUCUCAACACAAGUAUGUUAAUGAUCUCUUCCAUCGUUUUCGGAUGCAUGAGGCUAAGCCGGUAGCCACGCCACUUGCUACUAAUACUGGUCCGCAGCUCCUCUCUGGCACUGCUCUUUCAGAUGGUUCCGAUUACCGGCGUCUUAUUGGUUCCCUCCAGUACCUCACUCUCACUCAACCUGACCUGUCAUUUGCUGUCAACAAAUUAGCUCAGUUUAUGCAUCGACCCACAGAGCUGCAUUGGCAGGCAGCAAAACGACUUCUGCGGUACUUGCGCGGUACUCUGUUUCACGGGUUGCUUCUUCGGCCUCAAUCUUCUCUCAACUUGCAUGCCUAUUCAGAUGCGGACUGGGCUGGAGAUCGGGAUACAAUGGUUAGCACCACUGGGUAUAUAGUUUUUCUUGGUCAGAAUCCGAUCUCUUGGCGAGCUGCAAAGCAAAAAGCUGUUGCUCGAAGCUCCACCGAGGCAGAAUAUCGUGCUCUCGCUGCUACAGCCUCUGAAGUUGUCUGGAUUCGACAUUUGCUUGGUGAACUUGGGAUCUCUUGCUCCCCUUCUUCCGCCAUCUUUUGUGACAACAUUGGCGCCACCUAUCUUAGCUUAAAUCCUGUUAUGCACUCGCGCAUGAAGCAUAUAGCUAUAGACUUGCAUUUUGUUCGGGAUUUAGUUGAUCAACGUGUUCUUCAUGUCUCCCACAUUGCGUCCCAAGAUCAGCUUGCUGAUGGGCUCACAAAGCCCCUCUCUUCCAUCCGGUUUUCUCACUUACGGUCCAAGAUCGGAGUUGCAAAUGGCACCACCGUCUUGCGGGGGCGUAUUAAGGAAAGUAAAUCACCUCCAUGAAUUGUUCCCCUACUUAGCUUUGCUGGAAGGCAGGUAAUUCCACCAACCCUAAACGUUUGUGGUCGAACUUCAAGGUCUUAAAGUUCUCCUUUUCCUAAGUUAGUCACGUGCUUAUGAGCUGUUAUCCAUGCCCUGGUCUUCUAUUUUUAUUUCACAUCUUCUUGUUUAUAAAUGAUGUUUUAGAAGGUUCUGUUUGGAAUUUCGUUUGAAAAGGAAAUUAAUUUUAGGAUGAAUUUGAGAUUGUCUUUUCUUUUUUUUUGGUGUUUAGUUUAGAUCUGUUUAAGUAGUUCUGGUUUUAGUUUUGUGCAAUUGAUAAAUUGAUUUUUCUUUU